AUGUGUUCCGCCCUCUUCAGUUGUGGAACCCAUCCACUAGAAUCUCCAAAAAAACUGCCAGAAAUAUCUAAUGCCAACUUUUUUGAUAAUUUCGGAUUCGGUUGGGUUGAAUCGAUUGAUGAGUACAAGGUGUUUGUGAGUCUGGAUGAUUAUAACUCCAACGUUGGUAAAGUUUAUAGUUCAAACACAAAAUCAUGGAAAACAAUUGAGCUCUGCAAUGAUUUUGUUCUCUGUUGGCAAGGAGGGGCGUUUGCAAGUGGGAAGCUUUACUGGAAGAACGCACAUGAUGAAAAAGUUAUUAUUUUCUUAGACUUGAAGAAUGAGGUGUUUGGAAGGAUUGAGCUUCCCUUUGAUCCAGAGGUGUAUGGAGAGAUUGGUGUGCUUGGUGGUUUCCUAUGUGUGCUAUGUUUUAAUGAUGAAAGAGGCUUUCGAGUAUGGGUUAUGAAGGAGUCUUGGGAGAAAGUGGUGACUCUUUCUCAUCUUCUUGAGCUUCUUCAACCACCAUUGGUGAAAGGUCUAAAUGGAGAUAUUUUGGUAAAUUAUGGGUCCACAGUGGUGGUCUAUGAUUGUCAGGAUAAUGUGUUCCGCAACCUCGAGUAUUGUUCCUGUUGUGAGGAUACUGGGUUCAGCAGCUACGAGGAUUGUGUCGAUUUUUUGUCAUAA